UGCUUUUGACCCCCCCCCCCCCCUCCUUAUGUCCCUCCACUUCCACCCUCUCUCAGAUACUCCCAUGGCGUCACCUAAUUAGUACCCCAAAACAUAGUGAGAAUGAAAAAGGGAAUCUUUAAUUUCAUCACUUCAAAAUUCUCCCACACUUCCACUCUCUGAAUCCACAGCAAGUUCUUGAAAAUCCCAUUUGCUGAUUUUUGAUAUGUAGUGAGAAUGAGUGCUAAUAAUAGUACUACUAGUAGUGGCGGCGCUGCUGCAAAUGCAAAUGCAAAUGCCACAGCCACCAAAUUCAUCAAAUGUGUCACUGUUGGUGAUGGUGCAGUUGGGAAGACAUGCCUUCUCAUCUCCUACACCAGCAACACUUUCCCAACUGAUUAUGUGCCUACUGUGUUUGAUAAUUUCAGUGCCAAUGUGAGUGUUGAUGGGCAGACUGUGAAUCUUGGCUUGUGGGAUACUGCUGGCCAAGAAGACUACAACAGAUUGAGGCCUCUGAGUUACAGAGGGGCAGAUGUUUUCCUCCUGGCUUUCUCUCUCAUAAGUAGGCCAAGCUUUGAAAACAUUUCAAAGAAGUGGGUCCCGGAGUUGCGGCACUAUGCCCCCUCAGUACCCAUUGUUCUUGUGGGGACAAAGCUAGAUCUAAGAGAGGACAAACAGUUCAAAAAGGAUUAUCCGGGAGCAAGCACUAUUUCGACAGAACAGGGUGAAGAGCUCAGAAAGCAAAUUGGUGCGGUGGCCUAUAUCGAGUGCAGUGCCAAGACGCAGCAGAAUGUGAAGGGUGUGUUUGAUGCAGCGAUAAAAGUAGUUCUACGGCCGCCUAAACUCAAGAAACACAAGAGAAGGUAUACAUCGUGUCGCCUACUUUGACAACGGAGAAGCACUGCUGAAACUCAAAUUCAGAACCAUAUAUGUUCUACUGUUUUCUUCUUGCUAAUGCUUUCCAUCUCGUUUAUGCUUAUAUUCCCUCUACCUCCCUUGUGAUUACACAUGCUGGUAUUCAUUUCUCGUUCUAAGGAGCUUGUCUGGUUUUUAUUAUUACACCCCUUAUAUCUAUAUGUAUGCAUUAACUAUUAUGUGUAUAUCAUGUUACUAGUUUUUCUCAUCA